GGCCGGGGGCUCAGUGCGGGCGCCACGUGGAGGGGGAGCGGAGCCGCUAUGGCGUCCAACGAUUACAGCCAGACAGCGACCCAAAGCUAUGGGGCCUACCCCACACCACCAGGCCAGGGCUACUCCCAGCAGGGCAGCCAGGCCUAUGGGCAGCAGAGCUACAGUGGAUACAGCCAAGCUCCAGACCCAGCCUAUGGGCAGAACAGCUACAGCUCAUCCUAUGGGCAGAGCCAGAGCAGUUACAGCACCCAGUCCACCCCUCCAGCCUACGGUGGCUACGGCAGCAGCGGCAGCAGUGGGCAGGGAUCCCAGAGCUCCUAUGGGCAGGCAGCGUACCCAGGCUAUUCACAGCCACCCAGCGCCGGGUCCUCCUCUGGAAGCUACAGCAGCAGCUCCCAGAGCUCCAGCUAUGGCCAACCCCCCAGCAGCGGCUACAGCCACCAGGGCAGCUACAGUGGGCAACAGCCGUCCUACAGCCAACAGUCAGCCUACAACCCCCCCCCCAGCUACAGCCAGCAGAGCCAGUACAACAGCAGCGCCAACAGCGGCUCCAGCUACAGCCAGGACCAAGCGGCUCUGAGCGGGGGGGGGUACCAGGAGCCAGGCUCCUAUGGGGCCCAGCCCGAGCGCAGCCGCGGCCGGGGCAGCUACAACCGCGGCUACGACAGGGGGGGACGCGGUAACCGCGGCAACCGCGGCACCGGCACCAUGGGCGGUGGUGAGCGUGGUGCCUUCCAUAAGUUCGGGGGACCCCGGGACCAAGGGCCAAGGCAUGAUGCAGGUGACCAGGAUAACUCGGACAACAACACCAUCUUCGUGCAGGGCCUGGGUGAGAAUGUCACCAUUGAGUCUGUGGCCGACUACUUCAAGCAGAUUGGCAUCAUUAAGACCAACAAGAAGACAGGCCAGCCCAUGAUCAACCUGUACACUGACCGUGAGACCGGCAAGCUCAAGGGGGAGGCCACAGUCUCCUUCGAUGACCCCCCCUCUGCCAAGGCCGCCAUUGAUUGGUUCGACGGUAAAGAGUUCUCCGGGAAUCCCAUCAAAGUCUCCUUUGCCACCCGAAGAGCUGACUUCAACCGAGGGGGGGGCGGCCGGGGGGGGCGCGGACGGGGAGGCCCCAUGGGCCGCGGUGGCUUCGGCGGCUCCGGCUCUGGCUCCAGGGGGGGGUUCCCCAGCGGAGGGGGGGGGCAGCAGCGAGCGGGGGACUGGAAGUGCCCUAACCCGGCCUGCGAGAACAUGAACUUCUCCUGGCGCAACGAGUGCAACCAAUGCAAAGCCCCCAAACCCGAGGGUCCCGGUGCCCCCCAUAUGGGCAAGUACCCCGGGGGGGGCAACCGCGGGGGGGGCAACCACAUGGGAGGCGGCGGCUUCGGAGAGGAGCGGAGAGGAGGCCGAGGGGGCUUCGAGAGGGGGGGGGGGUACAGGGGGGGAGGGGGGAGGGGGGGGGACAGGGGGGGGGGGUUCCGAGGAGGAAGAGGAGGAGGAGGAGGAGGAGAGCGAGGAGGGUUCGGGCCUGGCAAGAUGGACUCCAGGGGCGACCACCGGCAGGACCGCCGCGAGAGGCCCUAUUGAGCCCCAUAGAUCCUGCCCCAUAUAGCCCCUAUAGCCCCUAUACCCCCCCCAUGUUUUGUAUUGGACCUUCCCCCCCCCCUCCCUUUUUAACCCCCCCCAUCCCCAUUAAAGCCGUCACCGGGAGGGGGGGAACCCACCUGAUUGGUCA